AUGCGCCGUUUUUCCACCAAAGUUGCUAAGCCGCUCCAUCAGCACUCGAAGAAGGUCGAGAACAAGACGAACCAAGAAGCCUCGCUUCAGCGAAAAUCCACUGCAGAAGUAGCAGUCAACACGGAGAGCAACUUCUUGAGCCAUUUUGCGGCAUUCGAUAGCUUGGAACACUACGUGGACGUCACGAUGGUCGAGUAUACCAAAAAGGACGACAGCGACAAGCCAUAG